AAAGCCUCCUCAACCAUAAGGUCUCAACUUCUGUAAUAAAAUGAAUUCUGAUUCGAGCUCUGUCUCCAGCAGAGCGUCAUCUCCGGACAUGGAUGAGAUGUACCUCAGAGACCACCACCACCGCCACCACCACCACCACCAGGAGAGCCGCCUCAACUCGGUCUCAUCCACGCAGGGAGAUAUGGUGCAGAAGAUGCCUGGGGAAAGCCUGUCGCGGGCUGGCGCCAAGGCCGCAGGAGAAAGCAGCAAGUACAAAAUCAAGAAGCAGCUGUCGGAGCAGGAUCUCCAGCAGCUGCGGCUGAAGAUCAACGGACGCGAGCGCAAGAGGAUGCACGACCUGAACCUAGCCAUGGACGGUCUGCGCGAGGUCAUGCCCUACGCGCACGGGCCCUCGGUGCGCAAGCUCUCCAAGAUCGCCACGCUGCUCCUAGCGAGAAACUACAUCCUCAUGCUCACCAGCUCGCUGGAGGAGAUGAAGAGGUUGGUUGGCGAGAUCUACGGGGGACACCACUCGGCUUUCCACUGUGGGACUGUGGGGCAUUCGGCCGGCCACCCGGCGCACGCGGCCAACGCCGUGCACCCGGUGCACCCCAUCCUCGGCGGAGCGCUCUCGUCCGGGAAUGCCUCGUCCCCGCUGUCCGCCGCCUCCCUGCCGGCCAUCGGCACCAUCAGACCUCCGCACUCGCUGCUCAAGGCUCCGUCCACGCCGCCCGCGCUACAGCUGGGCAGCGGCUUCCAGCACUGGGCGGGGUUGCCCUGCCCCUGCACCAUCUGCCAGAUGCCGCCGCCGCCGCACCUGUCCGCUCUCUCCACCGCUAACAUGGCCCGGCUGUCGGCGGAGUCCAAGGACUUGCUCAAGUGAGCCGCGAGCCCGCCCGGCCGGGAGGAGGAAGGAAGAGCUGAGACAGGGGUCGCAGGACUGGGCCGGGAGGGAAGACGGGGAGACUGCUCGGCCUGCGGGAGGGUGGGUGCGCGCGGCCACGAGGCCUUGUCGGCCGCCCUAGACGGCCGGAUUCUACCUUAACGGCCCCGGCGGCGAGAACCAAAACCAAACUUCGUGAGGGGAACCGGAACCCGACGUCGUGUUUUGCAUGCAUGCUUCUUUUCCUCAUGCAGCGCCAGUAUUUCUCACUGCCAUAUGCUCUUGUCAAAACUUCAUUUGUUAUUUAAAGACGGAAUCGGUGGA